UAACGCAUGGGGCGGACAGAAGGGGUCGGGGCUGUUGGGCUGCUGCACGGCUUAGGGUCUUUGUCGCUGGGCGAGGGGACGCGAAGCACCCCGAACAGGGUCGCGCAUCCUGCACCGAGUGUCUGCGCGGGACCAGCGGGUGCGCAGCUGUCGCGGGGAGGAUUGAGGUGCUCCCUUUCUGAAUCUGAACCCAAGCGACACAAAAUGCCUUUUAACGGCGAGAAGCAGUGUGCGAGCGAGGACCAGCAGAGCGAUUCCGAGUCUUCGAGGUUCUCCGAAAGCAUGGCUUCGCUCAGUGACUAUGAGUGCUCCAGGCAGAGCUUCACCAGCGACUCCUCCAGCAAAUCCAGCUCUCCUGCCUCAACAAGUCCUCCUAGGGCGGUAACGUUUGAUGAAGUGAUGGUCAGGAAUCUAUCAAACUUAACCCUUGCUCAUGAAAUAGCUGUAAAUGAGAAUUUCCAGUUGAAGCAAGAUGCCCUUCCAGAGAACAGCCUAGCCAGCCAAGUGAAGCAUGUUGUUCACCAGGCCUUCUGGGAUGUCUUGGAAGCAGAUCUCAGUGCUGAGCCUCCCCAGUAUGAACAUGCCAUCAGACUGUUUGAAGAAAUCAGAGAGAUUCUUCUCUCUUUUUUGACACCUGGUGGGAACCGGCUUCACAACCAGAUCUGUGAAGUUUUGGACAUAGAUCUCAUCAGACAGCAGGCUGAACACAGUGCUGUUGACAUCCAAGGUCUGGCUAACUAUGUCAUCAAUACGAUGGGGAAGAUCUGUGCUCCUGUCCGCGAUGGCGAUAUCAGAGAGUUGAAGGCUACUAGCAACAUUGUGGCGUUGCUGAGGCAAAUAUUCCAUGUCUUGGAUCUCAUGAAAAUGGAUAUGGCAAAUUUUGCCAUUAUGAGUAUUAGACCACACAUUCAGCGUCAGUUGGUAGAAUAUGAGAGAACCAAGUUCCAGGAAAUUAUGGGAGAAAUUCCAAAUGCUCUCAAUCAAACUACAGAAUGGAUAAAAGAAUCUGUAAAUGAAUUACUUUCUGAGACUGCUGUAACUCCUGGAGCUGAAAAUAGUUCCAUGCCAAGCCUGAGUCCUAUAUUGGUGCUAGAUAAUAGUUACUUGAAGCUACUACAGUGGGAUUACCAGAAAAAAGUCUUACCAGAGACACUCAUGACAGAUGGAACACGACUGCAGGAACUGACAGACAAGCUGAAUCAAUUGAAAAUUAUUGCCUGCUUGUUCCUAAUUACCAACAGCAUGGUGGGUGCUCUUACAGAAGGCCUGCCUGAACUUGCAAACAGGUUAAAAAGGAUUUCAGCUGUUCUGCUUGAAGGCAUGAAUAAAGAGACCUUUAACUUGAAGGAAGCCCUGAAUUCGAUUGGUCUUCAGACUUGUAUUGAGGUUAAUAAGACCCUGAAAGAAAGGGGCUUACCCACUUUGAAUGCUGAGGUUCAAGCUAAUCUUGUUGGUCAGUUUUCAAGCAUUGAUGAGAAGGACAACCCUAUCAAGACCUUAAUUAAUAAACGAAUCCAGUUGUACAUGAAAAGCCUACUUUGUCUUCCAAGCCCUCAGAAAAGCAUGCCUCCUGUGCCAGGAGGCCUUGAUGUCAUUCAGCAGGAGCUGGAAGUGCUGGGCUGUCAGUAUACAAACAUCGUGAAUCUCAACAAACAAGUGUAUGGACUGUUUUAUGCAAAUAUAUUCCGAAAACUGCUCUUCGGAAACGAAGCCAUGGGGAAAGUAGAUGCUUCCCUUCUAACUAACUGAAGAAAAACUGACACUGAAGAUGAGAGGGGAACUCCAGCACCUUGGUACCCAUUCUGUCUCUAUUGAUGGCAUUGUAGACCCAUCACAUUCUCAGUGCUGUCCAUGGAGCAGUAUUAGACUGAAUCUGUGUAACCUGGUAAUGUUAGCCUCACAGAAGAGCUGCACAUCUCAUAGAUUCCUUUUACGUACCAAUUUCAAGUUUAAAGCAGAUAGUUUAAUGAACAAAAAGCAAUUUGUAAUUAUAUUACCUAUGUAAUACUUGUGUUUCUUAAACAAUUAUACUAAGCAUUUAUAUUUGGCCUGUUCAAUUCUGCCUGAAAGGAGUUGUUUUCCUCAUUGUGGUUAUCACAUCUAAUGAUAUUUAAUUUUGGUACAUCGUAAAGGGCUGACAAUUGUAAGGAUAACCAAGGGAAUUCAUAUUCUGAGUAACAGGAAAUAAACAUAAUUAUUGGAAAUGUAUAGUUAUGUUUUAUUGAUGUGUCAUAGUGUAACUUGUGUUACAAGUUAACUUGCUAUCUGAGAAAAACAAGUUUGGAAAAAUUUCUUAGUGAAUGUCCUUGCAUUUCUCAGGCCAUUGAUGGGUUAUAUAAGAUAUUAAUGUUUUUAUGUAAGGCAGGACUGGUUUGAUUUCUUCAUAAGAAGGGAAGUUUACAAUAAAAUGAGAUCCCAUUCUCCAUGAAGUUCAUAUCUGAAGAAACAAUUGAACUUGAAUUUAAUUUUUUUUUCUUUUUUGAUUUUUUGAGACAAGGUCUGCCUGUAGCCCCUCAGUCCCAUAGAGAUCUGCCCGCCAAACCCUCCCAAGUGCAGGGAUUAAAGGUGUGCACUACCAUAUCCCGUAACUUGGAGGUUCCUUAACAACAUAACCUAACUAGCAGAUGCCCCUCUUGCUAUGUGAACCCUUGCACUGUUGUAACCACAUCAUCAUUAGCCAUUCCUGAGCAUGACUGGAACCCGGCACCACCGGCCACUAGUUGUCCUUGAGAUUUUAGAGAAGUCUGCUUAUUCUGGAAUCACGUGUUCCUUUGACACGUGGCAGGAAGCAGCUUGAGGGUGCUCAGGCUAGAAAGGGCAUUAGUUGCAUGAAAUCUAUUUUGGACUGUUCUGUUUCCCAAGGCCCCACUGAGCAUCAGUAAAUUUUGGAGAACUACCUAGUUCAUAAAAAGAGCGAGCCUUUCUUCUUCAGCCUCCUUUUUCUCACUGUGACCUCCAGCAUUAUGAAGUUCUAGGACAUAAUUGUGUGGAUAAAUUACUUCUGAUCUUUGGCAUUUGUGGGGAUUUGAAUAUCAGGGUUUUCUCCCCUAAGGACUGAUAUAUUAGUGAACCAUCCGGUCCAUUCAGGCAUCUCUAAGUGGACUGCACCCAAGAGCAAAUACUGGUCUUACAACCAUCUUCUCUCACGUUCCCAUUCUGCCAAGUUUGCCAGUACUUAGAAACCUGUCUUCAACAGGAUGCUGAAGACUUCGGUUUUCUUUCUGUGAUGCUGAUGUAGUUUGUGUUUUGUUCUGUUUUUCAGUAUGCUCACUUUGAGGAGUGGGCAGUGGGGAGAGUCGCAGUAGAAAGGCCUCCAGUGCUCAAUGUGUGGGGCUUUGUUGCUUUCUAAGGUGAAUUGUAUGCUGAUUGUGUGGUAUACAUUUCUGUCAGAUUGUAAUCCAGCUGGUUUUCAUGUAUGUACUUGAUUAUACUGCAGUUGCCUGCAGGAAUACAAUGUGCAGACAUUUUUAAAUGCAUUGAAAAUGAAGGGCGUUCUGCUUUGUUUUUGUUAAGGGGCCAAAAAAAAAAUCUGAAGUCUGGAUUUAGGCAAGUACAUUUAUAGGAUUUUUAAAUCAUAUCUCUUAGCAUGUUUAUUUGACUUUUACUUAAAUGUUUACUUCUACUUUUGAGGCUUUCCUAACAUGGUUUUGUUUUGUAAUAAAAACUUUAUUAAACAGCA